CUUUUUCUGCCAGCCUGCAGCGCCUUUGGACGUGUGUCAAAAGCGCUCCCGUUGCAAUUUUAUUAGUUAUAUUAAAACAUGUCUGAGACAUUGCAAUUGCGUGGUACGCUGAUCGGCCACAAUGGCUGGGUCACCCAGAUUGCCACCAACCCCAAGGAUCCCGACACCAUCAUUUCGGCAUCGCGUGAUAAGACUUUGAUUGUCUGGAAGUUGACCCGUGAUGAGGAUACCAACUACGGUUAUCCCCAGAAGCGUCUGUACGGACACUCCCACUUCAUCAGCGAUGUUGUGCUCUCGUCCGAUGGCAACUACGCUCUGUCCGGAUCUUGGGAUCAGACUCUGCGCCUUUGGGAUUUGGCUGCCGGCAAGACUACUCGUCGCUUCGAGGGACACACCAAGGAUGUUCUCUCGGUUGCCUUCUCGGCUGAUAACCGUCAGAUCGUGUCGGGCUCUCGGGACAAGACCAUCAAGCUGUGGAACACUUUGGCUGAGUGCAAGUUCACCAUCCAGGAAGAUGGCCAUACCGAUUGGGUGUCGUGCGUGCGUUUCUCGCCCAACCACUCGAAUCCCAUCAUUGUGUCCUGCGGCUGGGAUCGUACCGUCAAGGUCUGGAACUUGGCCAACUGCAAGUUGAAGAACAAUCAUCAUGGCCACAAUGGCUAUCUGAACACUGUGACCGUCUCGCCCGAUGGCUCGCUCUGCACGUCUGGUGGCAAGGACUCCAAGGCUCUCUUGUGGGAUCUGAAUGACGGCAAGAACCUGUACACCCUGGAGCACAACGACAUCAUCAAUGCCCUGUGCUUCUCGCCCAACCGCUACUGGUUGUGCGUCGCCUAUGGCCCAUCCAUCAAGAUCUGGGAUCUGGCAUGCAAGAAGACCGUCGAGGAGCUCCGCCCUGAGGUCGUCUCGCAAACAACAAAGGCCGAGCAGCCACAGUGCCUCUCCCUGGCCUGGUCCACCGAUGGACAGACCCUGUUCGCCGGUUACUCCGACAACACCAUCCGCGUCUGGCAAGUGUCUGUAUCAGCUCACUAAACGGACUUUAUAUUUGACAUAGCCUGUAUAAAUCGAUGGCAAAUUGAUUUGUUUAUGCCAAAACAACAAUAAAUAUAAAGCGACACUUAUAAAA